GCUGCAGCGGCCUGAGGAGCCCCGCGGGGAGAGCGGGCGGUGGCGGCGGUGGUAGUUGCGGUGCUUCGGCGUGUCGCUGGGCGGCCCUGAUCGCGCGCCACGAUGCCGGCGGUGUCGAAGGGCGAUGGGAUGCGAGGCCUGGCCGUCUUCAUCUCCGAUAUCCGGAACUGCAAAAGCAAAGAAGCAGAGAUAAAGAGAAUAAAUAAAGAACUGGCAAACAUCCGGUCAAAAUUUAAAGGUGACAAGGCUCUGGAUGGUUACAGUAAGAAAAAAUAUGUCUGCAAGCUGCUUUUCAUCUUUCUCCUGGGGCAUGACAUUGACUUUGGUCAUAUGGAGGCUGUAAACCUGCUCAGUUCCAAUAGAUACACAGAAAAACAAAUUGGCUAUCUCUUCAUCUCCGUCCUGGUGAACUCUAACAGUGAGCUGAUCCGCCUAAUAAACAACGCGAUCAAGAACGACCUGGCCAGCCGCAACCCCACCUUCAUGGGUCUGGCUCUGCACUGCAUUGCCAACGUGGGUAGCCGCGAGAUGGCGGAAGCAUUUGCUGGAGAAAUUCCAAAAAUCCUUGUAGCUGGAGAUACUAUGGAUAGUGUGAAGCAGAGCGCUGCCUUAUGCCUGCUGCGUUUGUAUAGGACUUCUCCUGACCUUGUCCCUAUGGGAGACUGGACGUCCAGAGUGGUACAUCUCCUCAAUGACCAGCACUUGGGUGUGGUUACUGCAGCUACAAGUCUGAUUACAACUUUGGCACAGAAGAACCCAGAGGAGUUCAAAACUUCUGUCUCUUUGGCAGUGUCAAGAUUAAGCAGAAUUGUAACUUCCGCAUCAACAGAUCUUCAGGACUAUACGUACUAUUUUGUUCCUGCUCCUUGGUUAUCUGUGAAACUUCUGAGGCUUUUACAGUGCUAUCCACCUCCAGAAGACCCUGCGGUACGUGGUCGUCUCACAGAAUGCCUAGAAACUAUUCUUAACAAAGCACAGGAGCCACCAAAGUCAAAGAAAGUACAACACUCAAAUGCGAAGAAUGCUGUGCUAUUUGAGGCGAUAAGUUUAAUUAUACAUCACGACAGUGAGCCAAAUCUACUAGUCCGUGCCUGUAACCAGCUAGGUCAGUUCUUGCAGCACCGAGAAACUAAUUUGCGUUACCUAGCACUGGAAAGCAUGUGCACGCUUGCCAGCUCUGAAUUCUCACAUGAGGCUGUGAAAACACACAUAGAAACUGUUAUCAAUGCACUAAAGACUGAAAGAGAUGUGAGCGUACGGCAAAGAGCUGUGGAUCUCCUGUAUGCAAUGUGCGACCGCAGCAAUGCCCAACAGAUUGUGGCUGAAAUGCUGAAUUACUUGGAGACUGCUGACUAUUCCAUUAGAGAAGAAAUUGUUCUGAAAGUUGCAAUUCUAGCAGAGAAGUAUGCAGUGGAUUAUACCUGGUAUGUGGACACAAUCUUGAAUCUGAUUCGUAUUGCCGGUGACUACGUCAGUGAAGAAGUGUGGUACCGAGUUAUUCAGAUUGUUAUCAACAGGGAUGAUGUCCAAGGCUACGCAGCAAAGACUGUUUUUGAGGCCCUUCAAGCUCCAGCAUGCCACGAGAAUCUUGUGAAAGUAGGUGGCUACAUCUUGGGAGAGUUUGGUAAUCUGAUAGCAGGUGAUCCAAGAUCAAGUCCCCUCAUCCAGUUCAACUUGCUACAUUCCAAGUUCCAUCUGUGUAGUGUUCCUACCCGAGCUCUGCUUCUGUCCACCUACAUCAAGUUUGUGAACCUGUUUCCAGAAAUCAAAACUACAAUUCAAGAUGUAUUGCGCAGUGACAGUCAGCUAAAGAAUGCUGAUGUUGAGCUGCAGCAGAGAGCUGUUGAGUAUUUGAGGCUCAGUACUAUUGCCAGUACUGAUAUAUUGGCUACUGUGCUAGAGGAAAUGCCUCCCUUUCCAGAGAGGGAAUCUUCUAUUUUGGCUAAACUCAAGAAGAAGAAAGGUCCAGGCACAGUUACUGACCUGGAAGAGAUCAAAAAGGAGAGGAGCUCUGAUAUGAAUGGAAGUGCUGAACCUGCAUCUGUCAAUGCCAGUGCUGUUUCUACUCCUUCUCCAUCUGCGGAUCUGCUGGGUCUGGGUGCAGCCCCUCUCACCAAUUCAGCUCCCCCACCUUCCUCUAGUGGUAGCCUGCUGGUGGAUGUAUUUUCAGAUUCAGCUUCUGCUGUUGCACCUCUUGCUCCUGGUUCUGAUGACAACUUUGCAAGCCCUGACCUGGCUUCAUCUGAGGUAGUUUCUGAGGAACCAGCUGAUACUGUGCAUGAUGCUGAUGAGCUUUUUCACAAGUUUGUGUGUAAAAAUAAUGGAGUCCUCUUUGAAAAUCAGUUGCUACAAAUUGGAUUGAAGUCUGAAUUUCGACAGAACCUGGGACGUAUGUUCAUUUUCUAUGGUAAUAAGACAUCAACACAGUUCUUGAAUUUUACUCCAACAGUAAUCUGCUCAGAUGACCUUCAACCAAGCCUGAAUCUUCAGACAAAACCUGUUGACCCCACAGUGGAUGGAGGAGCACAGGUUCAGCAGGUUGUGAACAUUGAAUGUGUAUCAGACUUCAUGGAAGCUCCUAUUCUGAACAUUCAAUUCAGGUACGGUGGAACAUUCCAGAAUCUUUCAGUAAAAUUACCCAUCACACUGAAUAAAUUUUUCCAGCCAACAGAAAUGUCUUCUCAAGACUUUUUCCAGCGUUGGAAGCAACUGAGCAAUCCUAAACAAGAAGUACAGAACAUCUUUAAAGCAAAGCACCCAAUGGAUGCGGAGAUCACAAAAGCAAAGAUAAUUGGCUUUGGAUCGGCCCUACUGGAAGAGGUGGAUCCCAAUCCUGCUAACUUUGUUGGUGCUGGUAUCAUACAUACAAAGACUACUCAGAUUGGAUGCUUGCUGCGCCUUGAACCCAACCUUCAGGCACAGAUGUAUAGACUCACACUACGAACAAGUAAAGAAGCUGUAUCUCAGAGAUUAUGUGAAUUGCUGUCAGAACAGUUUUAAUACUAACCAUGACAGUUUUUUGUUUUUCCAUUUAUAUCAUUGUCAUCAUACUGCAAAUAAAUGUCUUGUACAUCAC